CAAAGAACGCCUCGACCCCAUGCCAUCAUCAAAGCCAAACACUGCACCUUCCUCACCUUCUGCGGGCUUUGUCCCUUUGUGCUCCCCGACGAUACACCCGACUUUGACGGCCGAUCAGACACUGCGAAUCCACGAUAUCACACUCGCCGACAACAGAAGCCCCGUCUCCUACCCCUAGGUGCGCUCGUUGUCUCCUACUCCUCGGCAGCAUCCUAGCCGGCACACGCAGGCAACCGCAACCCAGCAACCUUUCGGAGUCUGCCAUCGUCGCAAUCACCCCCUCGCGUGACCGAGGCGCGCGGCCUUGCACCUCGUCCGCUGAAUCAACUCUCUUCUCCUUCGCCAUAUUCGUCUGCAAAGCCCGCGUGCCUAAUACUCCGCUGUCCCUUGCCCAUCAUGGCCACCAACGGCUCUCAGGAGUCGUUUGCGCCGUCAGACGUCCUGGCCGCAGUCAUGACGAUGCGGACAGGGGAACAGGACAACAAAACAAAAGCUCAUCAUUAUCUUGAGCGGUUCCAGAAAUCGAAGGACUCGUGGGCCACCAUCAUUGGCAUUCUACAGUCCAAGGCCGAGCCCGAGGCGACCCUCUUCGCCGCCAUCACCCUCCGUGGAAAGUUGACAUACGACCUCUCCACCCAAGUUCCGCCCAGCGAACUCCCCGCCCUCCGCAACCAGAUCCUCCUCCUCCUCAAGCACUUCGCAGCGGGCCCCAAGCCCAUAAGAGUGCAGCUUUGCGUAUGCCUGGCCAUACUGGCGAUUCAGAUGAAGGAUUGGCACGAUGUGCUCCCGUCCGUGGUCCAGUCGCUCGGCGAUAGCCCCGAGAGCCACGCAUGCAUUCUCGACUUCUUGCGAGUCCUCCCCGAGGAGGUGACCGAAGGUCGCAAAAUCACCCUCUCUGAAGAAGACCUUGCGGCGCGAACACAGGCCCUCCUAGGAGACAACACGGACCAGGUCGUCCAGCUCCUCAUCAACUACGCUCAGUCGUCCCCCGCUGCUGCUCGGAACCCGCAGCUUAUGGAGUGCAUCACCUCGUGGCUGCGAGAGGUUCCCGUCGCCAACAUUGUCAACUCUCCCCUGCUCGAUGUUAUCUUCGACGGUGUGACGAGCGACGAGUGUAGUCAAGAGGCAUCAGAGUGUCUCUGCGUCAUGCUCAGGGAAGCGAGCGAUGUCGACGAGAGCCAGGCUGUCGUCCACGCCCUCUUCCCCAGGGUCGUGGGCUUGAGGCCCAACAUCCAGAAGGCAGCCGAGGAAGAAGACGCGGAUCGACUCAAGGCCCUGACUAAGGUGUUUGCAACCUCUGCCGAGAGCUGGGUCGUGGCCAUUGCCCGAGAGCCGACACAUUUCCGCCCGUUGGUGGACGCCGUUCUCGAAUGUGCAGCCCGGGACACGGAACGCGACGUGAUUGAACACACAUUUGGGUUUUGGUACGAGCUCAAGCAGUAUCUGGUACUCGAGCGCUACAUCGAGGGCCGCAUGCAGAUGGUGGACGUAUAUUCCAAGCUUGUCGACAUCCUGUUGAGGCAUCUCGAGUACCCCACGCCGGAGUCGGCCAACGAAACGGACCUGUUCGACGGAGACCGAGAGCAGGAGGAGAAGUUCAGGGAGUUCCGCCAUCAGAUGGGAGAUACGCUCAAGGACGCGUGCGACGUCAUGGGCGUGACGCAGUGCCUGACCAAGGUACUCGACGCCAUUCAGGUCUGGACGCAAAAGUACGCGAGCCAGGUCUCGGGCACGCACGUGCCCCACUGGCAGCAGCUGGAGGCGCCGCUUUUUGCAAUGCGCGCCCUCGGCCGCAUGGUGGACAAGGAGGAGAACAUCGUCCUCCCACAGCUGAUGCCGCUUCUCGUUCAGAUUCCCAGCCACGAGAAGCUGCGCUUUGCCACCAUCAUGGUGCUCGGAAGGUACACGGAAUGGACCGCGGCACACCCGGAGUACCUGGAGCCCCAGUUCAACUACAUCGUCACGUCGUUCCAAUCGGAUUCUAGGGAAAUCAUGCGGGCCGCAGCACUGUCGAUCAAGUUCUUCUGCACUGACUGCAAGCACCUUCUCAGCGGCCAGGUCCUGCAGCUUCAGACCUUCUACGACCAGAUCCUCGACAAGCUGCCGGACCUGAGCAAGGAGGAAAUUACGGAAGGCGUGGCAAAUGUGGUGGCGGUGCAGCCCGCGGCGGAGACAUAUCGCCUCCUCAAGCUGUACUGCGACCCGCUGGUGCAGAGGCUGAUGAACAAGGCCAACAGUGCCACCGACGAAGACAGCAAGCUGGCGCUGGCCGACCACCUCCAGCUGAUAACCAUUUUUGUGCAGAACGUGAUGCCUUUUGUGGGUCCCGGCGAAGAGAACCCUGCCGUCAAGUACUGGCAAGAGGUGUUCCCGAUCCUGUCGACGGUACUGGACAACUUCUUGGACUUCAGCCCCAUUUGCGAGCGCAUCUGCCGGUGCUGGCGGAACAUGGUGAUUUCGUAUCGCACCGCCAUGGCGCCCUUGCUGCCCGAGAUGGCCAACAAGCUGGCCAGCAGCUUCAACGUGGCGCGAGAGGGUUGCUUCCUAUGGGUAACGUCGGCCAUCCUGCGCGAGUUCUCGGAGGAUCGCGAGCACGUGGACCAGGCGACGACGGACAACAUCUACACCUUCUUCGAGGCGCAGACGACUGCGUUCCUGCGGGUCAUGACAGAGUUGCAGCCCAAGGACCUGCCUGACGUGAUUGACGACUUCUUCCGGCUGCUCAUCGACGCGCUGCUGUACUACCCUCAAAAGCUAGUUCCGUCGCACCUCCUGGUGCCCAUCUUUGAGGCAUCCAUUUACGCCCUGACGCUCGAGCAGCGCGAUCCGCUGUCGUCGACUCUGCACUUUCUCCGGGACUUGUUGUCGUACGGCGGCAACAACCCGGCGAGCAGUGAGGGCCUCCCGGAAGAAGCGGCGGCAGAGAUCCGCGGCAUCAUCAAGAAUCUGCUGCUGAGUCACGGCCCCAACCUGAUCAAGCAGGUCAUGGCGGGCAUGAUGAUUACGUUCCCGCGGGACUGCUUCGCGGACGGUAGUGGCGUCCUCCUGGCUAUGUUCGAGUUAUUGCCGGGACAGACGACUGAUUGGGUAGCACAAACCAUCCAGCUCCUUCCAGAGGGGACGGUGUCGCCGCAGGAGGCGGAACGGUUGGUGACCAAGAUCAAGGACCGACUGCAGUCGGGCGACGCGGGUGGCCUUCGACACGUGCGCGUGCUGCUCCAAGACUUCACCAACACAUACCGACGCCGGAACGUGGCUCCCCGCGAUGGCCUCGGGCAGCUGGAGGCAACGCGAUUCCAGUUUUUGGGUUGAGGACGUCGCAUAGGUAUCGCUGACAGGGAAAGAGGUAGGGACAAGGGAGGAACACGACAAAGAUACCUAGCGGGAAAAGAGAGCUAUCAUGAAGAUCGGGCGAAACAUUGCUGGGUGUUGGGGGCGAUUCAAAGGCAGGAAAGGAAGGUAGCCGCGAGCGCGGGUGGCGAAAGGUGGUGAUUGUUGGAAUUGACUGUUGUUGCUCCAAGGGGCCGAGGUCGUUUGACGGUUUGUGAGCCAAAGGCCAACUAGGGAGGAGGACGGUGCAGUAUCUAGGACGGGUAGAUGGCGGAUGAAUGUAGGAUGCAUGGAAGACUGAUGAGGGUCGGGGGGUCGCUAGUAGAUAUGAUGAUUGUGCUAUAGCCGACGGCCAGGCCACGGUGAUUUGGCCAUGACGACUCAAGUAAAUAGAAGACAUGACCCGACAUGACUGCACU